UUAAGGGUGGGGAAUUGGAUGGGUUGGGAGAAAGUCCGAUCGGGUUUUGGGUAGUCUGUCUCUAGUGUUUUUAUCUGUUCACCCUCAUUAUUGAUUUGUAUUACACAUCCUUUACAUAUGUCUAGUCUUUCCUCAAUUUUCGGUUUUAUGGAUUUUGGAAUUUCUUUUGCGAAAUGCUUCAGCCCCUCCCUGGCUACGCCCUUGGAGCGGGUCCGGGAACUUUCAAAGAUUUGUCGUUCAAAUUGGUUUAGUCUAUAAAAAAAGUUUAGAAAUAAAAAAUUUUUCUCUAAUAGUUUACGUUAUAAAAAUUGAUAAAAAAAACUUUUUUUCAUCACAGUUUCUUAAAAGCGCCGAUCAUUGGCAAAUGGAUGUAGGAGUAGAUCCAAAUAAAAUUUGUAUCAAUGAUUUACCAAUAGCAGCAAAAAGGCACCAAGAAUUUCAAAAAUUGUAUCGUUCAAGUUUUGCGGAAGCUAAUGAAGAAUUACAACAAUUGCUAAAAUUAUUAAAAAAAUAUUUUGGAGAAUCUAUAAAUAAAUUGUCAAUAACUCCAAUAAUUCAAGACAAUUUACAAUUAAUUGGGAAUACUUUUAAAGGAAUUAAUACUGUUUGGGAAGCUAGAGAUUUAACUAUACAAAAUAAGUUAUCUAGUGCUGAUUUUGUUACUGAUUUAAAUUCUGUUCUCGACUGGCUAAAUCAACAUGGUGAACCUUUCCUUCAUAGAAAAACGGGAAUAGGUGUUGAUCCAGAAUCAGCUAGCAUUUUAACCCAAAACCAUCAAAAAUUUCGUGCUGUAGCUAUAAAUACAAAUAAAAAUGCUGAACAAAUAUUUAAAUUGAGACAUGUUUUGGAUGAUGCUGAUGAAUCAGUAAGAAUUGAAGCAAAUAAAAAAGUGGAAGAAUUAUUACUUAAAAUUAACAAUUUUAAACGGUGUAUGGAACACAGAACUAUUUUACUUCAUCGUGCCUAUUAUUUUUAUUUACAUUAUGAUGAAAUUAUGGAUUGGUAUAGUAAAUUGGAUAGUCGUGCUAAUUACAUCUGUAUAGUGCCUGAAUCUGUAGAUCAUUGUGAAAAAAAUAAAGCUACUUUUCAUCAUGACAAUGAAUUGACUGACCAAGCAUAUGGUAGAGUAAUGGCUGAAGCUGAAGAAUUGUUACAAUCGUUGCAAAAACAACGUGAAUUGCUUGAUAUUGAUAAUUCGGAAUCUGUAACACAUGUGGAGCAUUUAAUAAAGGAUAUAGGUAGAGUUUUUUUUGUUUUUAUGUUUUUAAGAUUGAGCUUGGAAUUUUUUUGUAAUGUUUAUGGGUGUAUUUUUCGGAUUGUAUAG